AUGCCUAUGCCCACACUUUCCUUCCUGCUUGGGGUCCUCGUCGUCGGAUACCUGUUCACCUUUGUCAUCUUCGCCGUCUUGCGCAUCGUCACGGGCGUCUCGAUCCAGCGCGUCGGUUACACCGGUUUCAGGCGCAUCGCAUUCUCUCCGCGCCAUGGCGUCAAGGCCAACAUUCGCGGCAUUGGACUCUCGAUCCACCGGCCUACGUUUGCGCUUCCGACUUGGUGUAGCUUGGUGAUCACGGAGCUAGUGGUCACAAUCGACCUGAAGGCGUUGGACGAGGGCAAGAGCAAGCGGGAUGGGAUCUUUGAGCGUGCAAAUGGAGAUGCGAAAGAACAGACUGGGAUCCGCUCCAGUGCACCAGAUGAACAGGAUGAUGCGGAAGGACACGGACAACUAUGGCGCAAGCUCACUGAGGCGAAAGAGAAGAUCAAGAGAUUGCACAGACAGAUCAGGUGGCUGCGGGUAGUCGAUUUGGUCGCGACCGCAAUAACACUGGAUGUCGUGGGCGUUGGAAAGCUCAGGCUGGAACGUGUGACGCUCACAGUAGACACUCGAAAGCAGACGGUGGAUCGCAGCAGACUAUUCCAGCAUCACAAACACCGGCCGGAAACUCAGGCGCCAGCGGAAUGGAAGUCAAUUGUCCGGAGCGUCUUGUUUACGCCUGAGGGCAGGGAGUCGACGGAAGUGCUGGAUUACUUCACCCUCAACAUUUACGGAAUGCUUCACCGCGAGAGGGAAGGUCUGCGGGAUGCCUCGAUUGCAUGGAAGCUUGGUCGUCUCAACGUUCCCUACGACGACCUGGAACACGCCAAACGAUGUGCAGAUCUUCUUCGCGGAAAGUAUGCGUACCCUCGAGCAGACAAAUCUCCUGCGGAUGUCUCGUUUGCCGAUGUUGUAGGCGAAUUGGGGAAGCCAGGCUCACGGGAUGAUCACAUUGUCCGGGCUGUGUCUGAUUGCAGAGAUUUCAUUGCUUCGAUUCUGCGUGGCAUCCAGGAAGUGCAAUUUGCUGUUGGGUUCGUUGGCCUUUCCCAGAAACUCGCAGUCAAGGGACAUGGUGACAAAGACGUCUACCUCAAUUUUGCCAUGAAAGAACUCGGCUUGGAUAUUUUGCGCCUGGAUCCUAAGAGCCCGGCGCAUCGAAUGUACUUCUCCACCAGUGAUGUCGCACAUCAAGCGCUACUGACUGGUAUCGCCAUUGCUGCCGGAAUUGAUGAUGGGCAUGAGCAUCCCGAACGAAUGCUAUACGUGCCCAUGAUAACAGCGACUGUCAAGACCACGUUGCCGUCCAGGACCAUCAACUAUUCAAAGAUUUCCGAUCCAGACGACCGCAACUCAAAUCUCCUCCACGCCAACUUCGUGUGCACGUCUCCGUCGAUUGACCUUGACCCAAAGCAUUUGCCAUUAGUCAGGGAGAUACUUAAACAGCGGUCAGGGAGUCGACGAGGAAGUAGCAGUUCGUCCUCACACCAUCAAUUAAUAUCACAGCUACUUCCGAAGGCUCAUGUCAAAUUCUCUAUUCAAGAGCCUGUCAUUCGGAUAUCCUUACCGCCAAUGGACACCAAGAAUGCAGCAGAAGAUGACUUUGACUUGCUCAUUUCUUCUGUUUCAUCCAUUGCGUUGGAGUGGGAAUCCUCGCACGCAACAGACGGGCAACACCAUUACAGCCUCAAUUCCUACUAUCGGCACUCGAGACAUCGCUUUUACUAUCAGACUGCUGCAGGCGACAGGCACGAUCUCCUCCAGAGUGACUACGUCGAAGUGCAAGUCGAUGUCAAUGCUCUUCCCGACAUCAGCGUUGUUGCCAAUGGGAGGGCACAGACGUUCAAUGUCUUCCUUGUGCGUCCAGAUAUCUGCGAGGGUGUGCGGCAGAUCGUCAAGCAGAUGCGCAGAAAUGUACUGGCGAGAAAGGACACCGAGAGUAAGCCGCAGGCCAGCUUUUUGCGAAAGAUGCCGACAUGGUUGAAACACUUCCGUCUCGAUGGUUCGGACUUUGGUCUCCAGCUAGCUGGCGUCGAUGAGGUAGUUUCGAAAGACACCCGUGGAUUUGGGCUGCAGCUCGAAUCCUGGUCGACAGAGUACAAGGCUCAACGUGAUGACUCUCAGGACACUGAAGCGCAUCACCGUCGAAAGUCUGUCUCGCAAACGCCCAAGAGCAAGGAGAAACAUUCCAAACCUGGCGAGCCGACGUCCCCACGCAAGAAGUAUCACACAUAUGCCGAUAAUCGUCGUCUGGCAAUACACGUCCAGAAUCUUGAAGGCACGAUCGUGGACUCCAUUGAGGAUGCGGAGCCGGAGCCUUUCAUGUCACUGCCGAAGUUCGAGGUCGCCAUGUCAACGUCGACAGACGCACACGGCCCGAUUUUCCAUAUCAACUCCUUCGCCAAGAGUUUCUUGCUGCAGUACUCUCUCUACAAUCACUUCGCUAUUGGCGUCGCAGCUAUGGUGAUCAAGAAGACAUUCAUGGAACGGGAGAAGGAAGAACCCAAGCCAGGGCUCCACAGACAAGCCAGUCUUGGUCUUUCGGCGUCAGAUCCUACGCUAGAAGAGAUCGCACACCGUGAGAUCACUGCAAUAGACUUCAAGACGAAUCUUGUGCAGAUAAAAGCUCGAAUGCCUGCGGAUCCGCCAAUGAUGGUGCAAAUCUUUUAUCUGGAGUGUGGAAAACAUCGCUGGUCAACUCCAUUCCUGCGCAGUCGCUUGGCUCGCAUGUAUGUCAGAGCACCGGCAACGUACUCUGCAUGGAGUCGGAUCGUCAGUAUCAAAGCGCUGCGUCUUGAUUUGCGUGAUUUGAAGCGAAGAGUUGGGAAACAGAGCGUAAACGAGAAGUCGGUGGAUGCCGUGGCAGAAGCGAUACGUAUUGCUGUGCCAAACUCUCUCGUCGUGCAUUCGAUAUUCGACAACAUCACGAACGUUGUGAAGACCACGAAGCAACUGCAACAUCAAUUUGUCACUGGGUCAAGUGCCUACGUUCUGACGAAAGAGCCGGAAGGUCCGAAGCAUGUACCACGAGUUACCAUCCGAUCACAGAUGUUGCUUUUCGACAUUGAAGACAACCAGUUCGAAUGGAAGCUCGGAGCAAUCUACAGAGCGGGUCUUGCAGAGCAGAAGCAGAGACUUGCGCGAGAGGAUGCAUUCAGAUUGAAGGAAAAGCGCCUCUCCCGAGGAACUCAUCGCGGGGGUAGCUCUCGUUUCCGUGCCCAGUCUGCGCAGGUGGACCACCGUUCUAGGUCUCGAACAAGAAAGAAGGAGCAAGCAGAACGCCGAAGUCACAGCGCUGAUGGGUCGCGAGAGGCAGACAGGUCUGCAGCCCAGACGGGACAGAGGCAUUCGAAACGCAAGAUGCGCUACGAUGCAGAUGGGGAAUGCGGCAUCAGUGGAACUUCAAACCUCACCAUUGAACAGGCAAGGGAGAAGCUGGAUCAUCUCAAUGCCCAGUCUUGGAAAGCUCGCAUCGAUCGGACUAAAUCCAUGCAGAGUCAAGACAUUCGGGAAAUCAGACGAUUGUUCGGUGUAGCUGACGACCUCGAACAUGAUGUCGAACAGAGUGAGCCUCUGUUGGCGUGGAGUCGCAAGCCUGGACUCAUGGUGAUUGCGCUGAGCGACUUGAGCAUCACGGUUGACAAACCUUCCUUCCCCAUUGAUGACUACCCCAAAUUCCUGCACGAUGUCGGCAAGGGCAUGCCUCGAGACAUGAAGUACGGACUGUUGCUUCCCAUGAACCUGCAUGUCAUGAUGGGCGAGGCUAGAAUUCAGCUGCGCGACUACCCAUUACCGCUACUCCAUGUCCCGGCUCUUGGCAGUGGACAGUCACCAAGACUUCCUGCGUUGUCAUUGCGGACUGAUUUCGUGGUCGCAGAGGAGUUCAGAGAUAUUGAGUCGCAACGCAGCGUGAAUGUCCAGGUCGUGCCUCCAGACAGAAUGGCCGACGGGUCUGGUAAGGGCUUCGACAUCGAAGUGCGCCGGACUAUAUCAGCUGUCAAAACUUACUCGGACAUCAAGAUGGAGAUCAAUACCAACAGCCCUACGAAGAUAUCAUGGUCGACUUCGUAUCAGCCUGCCAUACAGGAUGCUAUGCAGGUAAUCGAAGGCUUCACCAAGCCACCUGUGGAUCCAUCAGAUCGCGUCGGCUUUUGGGACAAGAUUCGACUAUCCUUCCACUCUCGAGUCAAUGUAGCAUGGAAGAACGAUGGCGACGUGCAUCUGAUUUUGAAGGGGUCCAGAGACCCAUACGUCGUCACUGGAACAGGCGCUGGUCUUGUUAUGGUCUGGCGAAACGACGUCAAUUGGAACAUUGCCCAGCACAAGGAUCCUCGCAGGUUCAUGACUGUUGACAGUGGAGAGUAUGUACUGGCCGUGCCCGACUUCAAUAGCUAUGCCCGGCGAUCUCAUGAAGCUGCGACCGAUGACGAUGCUGGUACGAGCACACGCUCGACGACAUCGAUCAAGCGAGAUGCGGUCUUCAAGAAGGUUGUCAUGAAGCUCUCUGGCAAGGUCACCUGGCUCGCUGGGUUGAUGUUCGAGCGUGAUCUCGCUGACGGCAGUCGUACAUUCGACUUCAAACCGCACUACGACAUUGUUCUAAAGCACCCCGACUUUGCCAAGAGACCUGAAGGCAUGGAGUACGAUGCAUAUCGCGGAUUCAGGAGCCAUCAUAUUCAUCUGUCGAUUGCCAUAUCUGCGCCGCACGAUCGAGACUGGUCUGUUUCCAACUUGAAGCCCUCGAACAACUACAACUCUGUUCACCUGACACCGCGAUUCUUCUCGCACUUCUACAACUGGUGGUCAAUGUUCUCAGGAGUCAUGUCACUUCCCAUUCGCCAGGGCCCACUCUGGGGAGUUACUGAAAAGAAGAGCAAGAAGUUUGGCCGUCACAUGGCAACGAUCAAGUACAAUCUGCUACUCUCGCCACUGUACAUCAGUCAUGUGUACAAGCACAAGGAUGCCGAAGAUUAUGCGGCAAAUUCUGUCUCUGCAACUGGCCUCAAAAUGCGGCUCGACAGUUUCAUGCUGGACCUGCACCAAAGGCGGGAGCACUUCGAUCUAAAAGGCAGGGAAGGGGCUAGAGCCAAGCAAACAAGUGGAAUGCGCAUCCACCAGGCCCAGCUCGACUUCAUUUCUGCGGAUCUCCGAGCGUUGUCUGCCAACAUUGAAGGCACCAGCGCGGAAGAGAUUGAGAAAGCAACUGACGACACGCUCGCUUCUCUGCACAGCCAAGUUCCCACGAUCGAUAUGUCCAAGUUUGACAUCCCUGAUAAUGAUUUCGCCUGGAUAGAUAUGGAUGACUUCGUUGAGCUAGACUGGAUUCUGCCUGCAGAAGCAGAUCCGGCGACGAAGAUAUUACCACUGGGAUUUGCUCCUAGAUUCACAUAUUUCCGACAAACGGAUCACAACGGCACGAUCGCUGGCGAUCCGUCUCGAACUAGUCCGUUCGGUGACGAGCCAACGCAUUACUGUGUCAUGUCAGCGAAGAACGACCCUCGCAGAGUUCAAUCAGAGCUGAUUGAAAGACGUCUAUCCUUGCUGAAGGAGAAAAUUGCCCAGAACGUCCGAGCUGUUGGCGAGCAAGAGCUCAAGCUGGUACAAGAACCAUCGAGCGAUCAAGCAAAACGACAGGCACUACAGGACAAGCUAGAUACCUUGCGAGGCCACACAGAACAUUUGCAGGGUAAACAUGACUUCUUGGCUUUCAUGCUCAAUGAGCUGGUACAGCGAUUAGAACAGGACGAUCCAUCCGCCGUGCCCGAUCUCGAAACGAGCGAAGAGUUUUUCGAGGCACACGAAAAAGCCAGACCGCAGGAGGGCGACAUAAACCAUAUGGACACUGCGCCUCUUGCUGACUACACCAGCGACUUUAACAACCGCUUCAUUGUGCACAACGCUCAGAUCAAGUGGAACAACUCGCUGCGAAACAUCAUAUUGCGAUACAUUCAUCAGAACAGCCAACGGCGAGGCUUUGUCUACUACAUGUCUCGACGCGCGGUCAAGUUCAUACUGGAAAUCCUCGAAGAGAGGGAGAAAGAAGAGCAGAAUCCUGCCACUCGCCAGAAAUCUCGGUCGACGCAGUAUAGCGCUAUAUCUCCAGAGGCUGACGACGAAGCCACCGUACAAGAUCGCAUUGACCAGUUGUUGCGCGAUGGCCGUAACUUUGUCAACGCCGACGAGCCAUUUGCAGAGAAGUGGGAGAAUGGUCAAAGCAAUGAUCCCAGAGACGAUAUUGCUGUUGAGUUCACUCCAUUGAACACAUAUCACUUCCGUCUCAUCGCUCCUCAGGUACAGCUACAGAGCGAAAAGAAUCCCAAGUCUGCCGUACUGGUCACCGCGAAGGGCAUGCAGCUGAAGGUUGUUCAAAUCAUGGAGAAGGACAAGGUAGAUGACGAUGUCAGCGGUCUGGUACAACGACGAUUCAGUGCUGCUGCAGACAGCUUGCAGAUGUUCGUGACAAGCUCCAACACGUUCAAGACGGAAUAUCUGCAUUUCUAUUCUGCCAAUCGGUAUGGCGUGAAAGCUGGAACCUACUGGCCUCCGUGGGUUCCCAUGGAGAUCAUGUUCGAAUUCCAGACUAAUCCGUAUGGAUUCCACCGUGUUGUUCAUCGUACUUCGGCAAGCCUACGUUACGACAAGUACAACACGCUGCGCCUAAAGUACAACGACGACAUCUCUGGCGGUGAUCCUAAGAAUGCAGAAAGUGCGGAAGAAGCUGAGUCGCGCAUGGACCACGUCUGGCUCGAGUUCCCUCACUUCAGAGCCAUAUGUGAUUCCAAUCAAUACUUCGCACUGUACAUCAUCGUUAUGGAUCUGCUGCUAUACAAUGAGCCUCUUGAGAAGACGCGUAGUGAGCGUCUGGAGAAGAUCAUGUUAGCCUCAGACUUCAGUGAUCUUUCAGGUGCGCCCGAAAUGGUCCAGAUGCUGCAGGAACGCAUCCGUCAACUCGAGGAAAUCAAGAUGCAUUUCCAGGUCAACGAGAAGUAUCUCGACCGCCAAGGCUGGAAGGACCGAAUAACAAUCGAUCAAGACUUGACGGGGUGCGAAGAUGAGCUGUUCUUCAUGAUGAAAGCAAUCACUACUUCGCAGCAACACAACGAGAACCCGCGAGAUCAGGACGAGGCCGCUGGUAUGCUGCAUUUGCACAUGGCUUCCAAGGAGAUCGCAUGGCACUUGAUUCGGGAUAAAGGCGAAUCGUUGAUGGAGAUGCAGCUCAAGGACGCUACAUUCGACCGUACAGAUAACUACGAUGGCUCCAACUAUAACAGCAUGGAGAUUGGGCGCAUCAAUGGCUACAACUUGCUCAACGAUGCCCUGUAUCCUGAGAUAAUUUCGCCUUUCACGGACGAAAGUAAGGGCGGCCGAACGCUGGGAAAUACGAAGAUGCUGCGAGUGCAUUGGCUGAUGCUUGAAGCUAUCGCUGGUAUCCCCGUCGUCGACUACUUCGAGAUUGACUUGGUGCCAUUGAGGUUGCAAGUCGAGCGUGAAGUCGCUAAGAAGCUGUUCGAAUACAUCUUCCCCGGUGCCGGCGGCAAUGCUUUUGAUGGCGGUGGUUUCUCCCCUUUCAUGGUCAAGAAUAUGCUGCCUACUCAAGAGGAAGAAGACGAGACCGACGACAAGCAAGAUUCGCAAAUUGUUCUCGGCGCCGAGAACCCAGACUCUGAGCCAAAUCUUGGUGACGGCACCGGACCGGGCUCUUUGGAACAUCGUCUAAAGCCAACCAUGAGUUUGUCGAAGCAGAGGAAACCAAAAGCCCAUGAGAAAGGGCUUGGCAUCUCGGGAACGAAUCACGGGUUGCAUGGGUUCACCCUUUUCCAGCACUCAAACAAGUCUCAGCAGGAUGGCAACAAUCGAAGUGCAGCCUCGAGACAAGCACUGUCGCGCACUAACCUAUCCCCAAUCUCUCGUUCGCCCAGCGAGCGCUCUCUCAACACCCUGAGCAGCAGUACUGCUGGCGAGAAGCGUGUGCAGAAGAAGAAGGGUAAGGACAAAGGCAAAGACAAGGUGAAGCAAGGACCUUCGGACGAUCUCACGCAGAUGAUGAAUCGAGCUUCAAACUACAUGACUCUGGCGUACGUCAAGAUCCCGAGUAUGGUGUUGUGCCUGUCGUACAAGGGCCAAGGAAAGCGUAAUCUUGAAGACGUGCACGAUCUUGUCUUCAGAAUGCCUACCUUGGAGUACAGGAACAAGACAUGGUCGAAUCUUGAUCUCGCGUUGCAGCUCAAGAAGGAUGUCAUUCGUGCUUUGAUCAGCCAUGCGGGCGCGAUUGUGGGCAACAAGUUCAGCCACCACAAGCCGAGUCGUCAACAGCAGUCAAGGCUGAGGGAGCUUGCGAAUCGAAGCACGUUCAUGAGUUCGAGCGUCGGCCAAGCAGGACUUUCUGGACCAGCGGAUUGGCAGACCACCGGCUAUGGGUCGGAAUCGAGCAGUAUGCUAGACUCGGGAGAACCGCCUUCAGGCAGACCUUCUAGCGCAAGACCACCGAGCAGCAGUCUUUCGAGGAGCGUCAGCUAUUCUGCCUCUUCGCCUUCCGCUUCCACGUCGGAUCUCCCCAGAAUGUCGGAAGAGCUGCCUACGAUAGGCUUCACGAAUGGGAACGGCAGGAGUUCGCAAUCAACGCCGGAGUCACCACCGCAGACGAGGAGACCGAAUGGCGAUAGUCCAGAGCAUGCUCGUGCUCACGCGGCUUCCAUCACUAGGCAUUUGUCUGGUUUCGGAGAGCGAUUGAGACAGAGGCAGAGCCAUCCUACCCACGCCAAUGGCUCUCCAUCGCAGCAGCAUUCGACUGCCGCCGAGGCAUCCAACUCGGCACCUGAAGAUAAUACGGAAGAGACAAAGAGGAAAAGCAAACUCCUCCUCGGACCGCAGAAGCUGCUGGGUAGAUUGAGGGAUUAG